AUGCGAGGAUUUAAAAUUGCCACGUUUCUUCUUGGAGUCUCGCAAGUUUGGGCAAACUGUCCAGUAGCCACGAAGCACUACACAACCCUUGGAUGUGAACCAAGCGUGGAACUCACCGAGCAAGGAUGCCCUCGUUGGUUCAACUGCUCGACGCUGGAGAACCGCGCAAGUGAUAAGUGUUAUCUGUACGGCAAAGCGUACAAACUGCACGAUCACGUACCGGACGAGCAGAUUAAAUCGUCCUGCCUGGCGCUUUGCACAUGUCUAAUGAACUCACAGCGGGGCAUUGCGGAGUUCCACUGCGCCCACAUCGACUGUCCGGAGUUCCUGACACCGCACCGGGCUGGUUGUGUGCGACAGUACCGUAUGAACGAUUGCUGUUCGGCCAUGCAGACAUGCGGUGAAAAGCGCGCCAAUUUGCCCCGCUGCACGGUGGGCAGGGUUUCGUACUACGAAGGUGAAAGGAUGCACUUCUCGAGCGAUCCGUGCAUGACCUGCAUAUGCACGCGGAAUUUCAACGCAAGUGAUCCUUUUUCGCAAGCGAAAUGCUACACCAACAAGUGCGCUUUUGAGCUGAUAUCGCCGUCCGUGCUAGCAAACGGGGCUGCACCGGUAUAUUACGGCACCCGAUGUUGUCCCUGGGAAUGGAGAUUGCCUAAACCGGAGGAUCGCAUUGCACAACUGAACGGCCAAAGCUUGCCCGAAAUGGAAACGACUGAGCACAAAUGCCGCUACGGUAAUCUAACGUUGAACGUUGGUGAAUCCUUGACGCCGGAUGUGACAUCGGUGGGGAUUUACGAGUGCUUCUGUGCCAUACCACCGAUGGUCCAUUGUACUUUGACGACCGCGUGA